UGGGCAGGAAGUUACUGCCGUACGGGCUGGGCAGAGAGUUAGUGCCGUGCGGGUUGGGUAUUGAACCUGUGCGGGCUGGGCAGUCAACUGGUGCCGUGCGGACUGGACAGCGAACCUGCGCUGCGCGGGUCGGGCAGUGAGCGGCUGGGGGGAGAGGAGGCAAAGGGGCAAAGCGGUGGUGCCGCUCCUGCUCCUGGCUUUCCAUGCCGUGCGCUCCACUCCCCAAACCGAAGGGGCUGCGAGCCGGAGCCGGAGCCGGAGUGCGGGGAUUCCACCCGAGGAGCAACAGGACAGAUCUGUAAAAAUUAAAUAAGAAGUGUGAGCAAAAAAGACAGGAUGAAGAAGAAACGUUCUCAAAGAUCUGAUGAGGAUACUACUCUUUGCUGUUGUGAGUACUUUAACCGGAAUGGAGAGAGAACACACAUCCUGGCCAGCUGCUGUGACUGUGAGGAUCUGGAUGAUGCAUGUGACAGGUGUCUGAAAGGCCAGUCCAUCAAUCCACAAAGUCUUGAACGAAUAGCAGAUACGAUUUCUGACCGUCUCCGUGUGCCAUGGCUUUUGGGCUCGGGCGCUAAAAAAAUUGACAUCACAGUACUGCCACCUCUUAUCCUGCUUCCUAUCUUCCUUCAUAUUGCAGCCCUUCACCACAUCUUGGCACUUAUCGUUCUUACAAUAGUACCAAUAUUAGUUCUCUGGUAUUACUACAUCACCCAUCAUAAGAAAGGGCAGACUCUGUUUUUCCUCAGUUUGGGUCUCUUUUCCCUAGGCUACAUGUACUAUCUAUUCCUGUGUGAAGUAUUUCCUAAAGGAGAUGUUAGCCUUGUGCAGUUAAUGGUACUAACCAGUGGUAUGGUGCUGACACUGGUAAGCUUAAGACAAGCCAAGAUGGACCCAGGCUACCUCAGAGCAGACAAUGGCAGUACUCCAAUAAAAGAUAUCCACACUCAUGUCACACCUGACUGUUCGAAUGGCAUGCAUAAAAUUCAACAAGUCGGUAGAAAUGGUUCCACAAAGGUGCAUCAUCUUGGACAUAAUGGAAUGCAAGCAGGGAAUGGGAGCCUGGAAAAGAACUGGUGCAACAUCUGCAAGAUUUCAAGACCACCUCGUUCAGGACACUGCCGGCUUUGUGCAGCUUGUGUACAAAAGCUGGAUCAUCACUGCGUGUGGAUUAACAGCUGUGUUGGUGAAACCAAUCACCGUGCAUUUAUUCUGACCCUCGCCCUUUUCCUGUUGACCUCCCUUUAUGGAAUCAGUCUGACUUUGAACUCCAUAUGUAAAGGCAGAAGCGUUUUCAUGGCAUUGUUCUAUUGUCCUGGAGUCUACAAUGAUCACAGUUCUGCAUUGUCAUUCACCUGCGUCUGGUACUGUAUGAUCAUUACUGCUGGGAUGGGUCAUCUCUUCAUCAUCCAGUUUAUCAACAUCAGCUGCAAUGUCACAGAAAGAGAAGCUCGGCUAACCUUGAGAAACAAGACUGGGCACAGAUACCUGUGGGGACUGAUCAUUAUAAUUGAGGAAUACAACCAAGGGUUCAUUAACAACUGGAUGGCGUUCCUGAAACGUAGGUCCAGUCCUUCAAAGCCAUGCAUUGAAGACAUAGUGUAAUGCUUCUGAUUGAUUUUAUUCAAAGACUUGUAUACUUGUUUAUAAUUCAGCUUGUAUUUUCUUUGCUAUGUAUUACAACAACAUAACU